CUCAACCAGUCAUGUCUGCUUGUUUACAUCUCUCUGAUUAAACAUGGCCGUUGACAAACUCACUCCUGGCAGUUAGAGCUCGAUAACUCUUUAAUUUUUUUGAUUUGCCAGUCGUCUUUGACCAAACAGGCUGCUGUGUUGUAUUCGGUUUAACUGUCUUUUUACCCUUGUUGAUAGUUUAUGUUUUUAUCUCUUCUUCCUGUGACUCGUUAGCUGCUGAAGCUAAGUAGCGAGCUAACUUCUCCAUAGGGAACAAUGACAGCGACUUCUGCAGGUAGCAGCAGCUGCCUCGCCGCUAAAGGACUGGACAUAAGUCUGGCUGCUCUGCAGCGACAAGACCCAUACAUCAAUAACAUUGUGGACGUGGCAAGCCAAGUCGCUCUGUAUACUUACAACAACAGGACAAAUGAGUGGGAGAAAACGGAGGUGGAAGGUACCCUUUUUAUCUACACAAGGCUGGCAUCUCCCAGACAUGGUUUCACCAUUAUGAACAGACUCAGCAUGGAGAACCUGACAGAGCCGAUCACCAAAGACUUGGACUUCCAACUCCAGGACCCUUUCCUGCUUUAUCGCAAUGCACGACUGGUUAUCCAUGGGAUUUGGUUCUACGAUAAGCAGGACUGUCAACGCAUUGCCCAGAGGAUGAAAAUUUUGACUCAGCAGGAGCAGGUCCUGGCUCAGUCUCAGGGUGGUUGGCUGUCCCCAGCAGGAGGAGGAGGAGGAGGAGGAGGAGUAGUAAGAGGAGGAGGAGGAGGAAGAGUAGGAGGCGGAGGAGGAGGAGGAGGAGGAGGAGGAGGAGGAAGUGAAGGGAAGGCAGUAGAUAUCAUCCAGAUGCUGACCAAAGCACACACAGAGUAUGACAAGGAGAAGUCUACUUCAGAGCCAAAGGAGAUUGGCGGCAGCAGUGUUCUUUACGGAAACCCCAACCUGAUCAAACCAAUACCUGUUAAACCGAACACUCAGGACAGUGAAGGUGCUGAGCCCAAGUCUCUCUCUCUGGCCACUCUGUUCGGCUCUCAACAUCUCCACUCACCCAAACCUGAGCCAGUCUCUCCAUUGGCUGCCUCUGGGACGGGUUCAUCAACAGGGAAAGUCGCCCGCCCACCUGUUGCCCGCACGCUGACCUACGAUACCACAUUGGGAUCUGGCCGAAGUGUGGCAUCUGGGUGUUCAGAUGUUGUCGGGGGCGUGCUGCAGAGUUCCACUGCUGCCCAUCAGCAACAGCAGAACCAGCAGCAGCACUGCCCAGCCAUCCAGAAGCUCAUGCCAGUACAGAGAGACGCCGGGGGGAUCGGAGGAGUCCUUCAGACUGUGUCUGAGUCCCCGGAGAACAGGCUGUGUGACAACGGGGUGCCCCUGGAGCAUCACCACCACCAUCAUCAUCUUUACCAUCACCAACAGCACCGCCAUCAUCACCAUCAACAGCAACAGCUUCAACCCGACCCAAUCAAGAGACUUUUCCAAACCCAGCCACCUCCUCCCACCUCCACCUCCUUCUCUGUUGCUCCUCCUUGUUGCUCCAUCCCCCCUCCUCUGCAGCAGAACCCCCUUCUCUCCGCCCAGCCCAUAAUAGUGGAUUCUGUGUUAUGUUCCCACCUUCAAGCGCAACAAAGUCAGCAGCUGUUUUUCAGCCUACCUAAGCCUCAACCAGAAGCCCAGCACAGCCAAUCAGCUUCAACCGCACAGGGAACAGGUUUGCUGCCAUCUCAGGUGUCCAAUGACCAAGGUCUUCAUCCUACACAAGGUCUGUCUUCCCAGAUGCCUGGUGUGGUGUCACCCCACGAACUCCUCCAAAAGCUCCAGCUGGUCCAGCAAGAACAAAACCUGGCUUCCCAUGAUUCCCCUCGGCUCGGCCCAGUGCUGGCCCCUCGAUUCCUGGGGCCCACUCAAAAUGAAGGUGCUGGCUCAACUUUAGGCCCAAACCAGACCACAGCAGGUCAAAAAGCUGCACUGCAGUUUCAAGUCAUCUCCCCCCAGCGAAUACCAGCCACCGUGGCCCCAACCCUGCUCCUCUCUCCCAGCGUAUUCAUUCACUCAAAGUCUAGUGGCGGGUUGUCAGCGGUUGCCCAGGACAGCAGCCCUGCCCCCUCAACCCUGUCCAGACCCCCGCUGCAGAAGGAGAUCCGAGUUCUGUCCAAAAGCCAGCUCCAAGCCACCCUGCUGCAUCUGGUCCAGACUGACAGCUCAUUCCUGGACACCAUCUAUGAAGCUUACAUCAGCCGCUUUACUAACAACUCCAGCAGCAAGUACUGAUGACUCUUCACACCCUCUGUCUGUGCAUACACCCUCUCCAGAGCAGCGAGUCUCAUUCUUACACCUAAUAUGGAUGUGCCACUUCCUCCUCGGAAUCUCCCCACAGACUUAGACCACAGCCAGUCAGCCUGACUGUUUUCACUAUAAACCAGGUUUCUCUAGUUGCAAAAAAAAAGCUGUAAUGACAACUUAUAAAUGUGUUUGUUCUCAUAUCAAAAUUACAGUAUUUUUUUAGCCUGUGAAACAACGUCCUCUUAUCCUAGACUCCCUUGUUAGUCCCAUCUCUCGAAACUUAUAACCACUUAUUUUUGGAACGAAUGUGGCACAAUCAUACAGUCUUGACUUUACCUGUAGUUAAGGUGAAAAUCUAGCCCACAGUAUAUUCUAGUUCGCUGUCAGUGAAGACAAAAUAUGCUUUUCCAAGUAGUUUGAAUUUAGUAGUAACCUGCACUAUUUGUUUUCACCAAGUGUAGCCAUGUAGCAUUUUAUUUGAUUUUUAAUUAGUUUUAUUUGCUCCUUCACAAUUGUCAAACACCAGCGAGCCCACUGGGCUUUAACAAACAAAAAAAGUCUUCCUAGUCUAAGAACUAGUGAUGAAAGACGUGCUCAAACUGGCUUGAUUUAUAAAAUGAAAUGUAAAACAUGUUAAACAUGUUUUGUUUUCUGUACAUUUGGAAAAGUAUGUUUGAAUGUUGUCGGAAUGUGUUGGAUUUAAAAUAGACAGUUCUUUUAAAUUAAGUUCUUAUUGAUUUGCUUACGAAAGAAUUUAUAAGUAUAUUUUACUAUCCAAAUGCUUUUAAAAUGAUUGAAAUGAUACCUUGUCAUUUUGAAAUUGUCUUUUUUCUUUGGUCUGUAUUUUAGUUAACUGAAUGUUGCGACUAGGCUUGUCAACAUGAAACGGAUGCAAGUUGUUCACAAGGAUGAGUUAGCCUGCAGCAGGCUACAGUAUAUUCUCUUAUUUUUAAUAUGUAAUGCUAACUAUGCUAACUGGCGGCUUUUCAAGCCACAUAAGUGUGUCUCAGUGUUUUAAAGGACCAGUGUGUAGGAUUUAGGGACAUCUAGCGGUGAGAUUGCAGAUUGCAACCAACUGAUAACCUCCCUGGUUUGUCUGUUCUUGGCCACUGUAGAAACAUUGUGGGCUCCGUGGAAGAGGACCCCUAUGUAGAUAUAAAGGGCUCAUUCUAAGGUAACGAAAACAAAGUGAUUCUUAG